CUUCGGCGGGCGCUUCUCCGUGCCUGUUUGAGCUGGCCUCUUGGGUCCUCUCUGGUGGGCUUUGUCCUUUCACCAAAUCUCCGCUAAGACUGCUCAGAUCCCUUUGCCAAAGAGGACUGUGAGCCUGAGAUCCUCUCUUUGUUUGGUUCACGUUUGCUGGUCAUUCGAUUCGAAGCGGGGAGACUGGUUGGUCCCACAAUCUUGGACAGGCUACGGUGGUAUAAGUAUUGGUGCAGGUCCCUCGCUGGACACUCGGCGUAUUACUUUUCUCCUUGAGAUUAACGAGAGACACCUAUUGCAUGUUCAAGUUCAAGUUUGAACCGAUUUGAACCGUGUUGACUCUCUCACUUUUUGGAUACUGUCUCUGAUUUCUCCAACUGGAACUAUUGUACCGUAUUUAGCCGGUCAGAGUAAAGCACGACCUUGCUUUGCGCUUUCAAAGUAUCUGUUCUCUAUAAUAAACCUGAAUUUACGGCAAAAUGGCACCAAUUGAUGUGGAAAAGACCAUUGAAGAGCUGACGCUCGGCGAAAAGGUCGCUCUCACAGCUGGACGUGAUUUCUGGCACACGACACCCAUUCCACGCCUGAACAUCCCUUCACUGCGCAUGUCCGAUGGUCCCAAUGGCGUCCGUGGUACGCGCUUCUUCAACGGUAUUCCGGCUGCGUGCUUCCCAUGCGCGACCGCCCUCGGUGCCACCUGGGACACCGAAUUGCUUGCCCAAAUCGGUUCAUUGAUGGGUGAAGAGGCGAUCGCAAAGGGUACCCACGUUAUCCUGGGCCCUACGAUCAAUAUCCAGCGCUCACCCCUUGGAGGGCGUGGUUUCGAAUCCUUCUCCGAGGAUGGUGUGCUCUCCGGUACCCUGGCGGGCCAUAUGUGCAAGGGCAUGCAAGAGAAGGGCGUUGCCGCUACACUGAAGCACUUUGUCUGCAAUGAUCAGGAGCACGAGCGGAUGGCUGUCAACAGUAUUGUGACGGAGCGUGCGCUGCGCGAGAUUUAUCUGCUUCCGUUCCAACUGGCGAUGCGCAUUUGCCGGUCGGCUUGUAUCAUGACUGCUUAUAAUAAGAUUAAUGGCACUCACGUUAGUGAGAACAAGGCAAUUAUUGACGAUAUCCUCCGCAAGGAGUGGGGAUGGGAUGGUCUCAUUAUGAGUGACUGGUUCGGUACUUACACCACAUCCGAUGCAAUCAAUGCCGGCCUUGACAUUGAGAUGCCCGGAAAAACCCGCUGGCGAGGAGAGGCCCUUGCUCACGCCGUUUCCUCCAACAAGGUUCCUCAGUUCAAGCUUGACGAGCGUGUGCGCAAUGUUCUCAACUUGGUUAACAGAGUCGACGCCGCCGGUAUUCCCGAGGGAGCCGAGGAAAAGGCCCUCAAUCGCCCCGAAGAUCAAGCGUUGAUGCGCCGCGCAGCUGCCGAGUCGGUUGUUCUCCUGAAGAACGAGGGUGACGCACUCCCUCUGAAAAAGGACGGCUCUGUGCUUGUCAUUGGCCCCAAUGCUAAGAUUGCCUCAUACUGCGGAGGUGGCUCUGCCUCGCUGGCUCCAUACUACACUGUGAGCCCGUUCGACGGAGUCGCGGCGAAGAGCCAGGGUGAAGUCAAGUAUGUACAGGGUGUCUACUCUCACAAGGAGCUGCCACUUCUAGGCCCUCUCCUGAAAACGGAAGAUGGCAAGACUGGCUUCACCUUCAAGGUGUACAACGAGCCGCACGGCGCUGAAGAUCGCACUCUCGUCGAUGAGCUUCAUCUGGUCAGCUCAAUGGGAUUCCUGAUGGACUAUAUUAACCCCAAGAUCAAGUCUAUGACUUUCUACGUCGACAUGGAGGGCUACUUCACCCCUGAAGAAGAUGGCCUGUACGACUUUGGCGUCACCGUAGUCGGCACUGGCCGUCUUCUCGUCGACGGAGAGGUGGUCGUUGACAACACCAAGAACCAGAAGCAAGGCUCUGCCUUCUUCGGCACUGCUACCAUCGAAGAGCUCGGCGUCAAGGAGCUCAAGGCUGGCCAGACAUACAAGAUUGUCUUCGAGUUUGGUAGCGCUCCUACCUCCGAUCUGGAUACUCGCGGCAUAGUCGUCUUUGGACCGGGUGGUUUCCGGUUCGGCGCGACCCGCCGUGUCAGCCAGGACGAGCUCAUCUCAAAGGCCGUCGAGCAAGCCAAGGAGGCUGAGCAGGUCAUCAUCUUCGCCGGUCUGACUAGCGAGUGGGAGACUGAGGGCUACGACCGUGACCACAUGGAUCUGCCCCCCGGGAGUGACGAUCUGAUCAGCCGCGUGCUCGCCGUCAACCCCAACGCCGUCGUCGUGAUCCAAUCCGGCACACCCGUAACCAUGCCCUGGGCCAACGAGGCUCGCGCCCUCGUCCAGGCCUGGUUCGGCGGUAACGAGUGCGGAAACGGCAUCGCAGAUGUCCUUUACGGAGACGUCAACCCAUCCGCCAAGCUCCCCCUCACGUUCCCCCGUCGGCUACAAGACAACCCCUCCUACGUCAACUUCCGCUCCGAGCGUGGCCGCGUCCUAUACGGCGAGGACAUCUACGUCGGCUACCGCUUCUUCGAAAAGAGCGACGUCACGCCCGCGUUCCCCUUCGGCCACGGUCUCUCCUACACAACUUUCACCCGCUCAGACCUGCAAAUCAGCACCGUGCCCGAGGAAGCUAAGUACACCGAGUCCGGAGAACCUAUCAAAGCCACCGUCACCGUCACCAACACCGGAUCCAUUGCUGGUGCCGAGAUCGUGCAGCUUUGGGUUGUUCCUCCCAAGACGGAUGUCAACCGCCCUCUGCGCGAGCUGAAAGCUUUCAAGAAGGUUUUCUUGCAGCCGGGUGAGUCUAAGAUUGUGGAGCUUGUGGUGGAGAAGAAGAUUGCAACUAGCUGGUGGGAUGAGCAGCGAGAGCAGUGGAUUUCGGAGAAGGGUCGUUACCAGGUUUCUGUGACUGGUACUGGCGCGGAGGAGCUGCAGGGUGAGUUUGAGGUUGGCAAGACCAGAUUCUGGCUGGGCUUGUAAAUGAGGAUGUUAAUGACCUUGAAAUGAGUCUCCGUGAUUGAAUCCGCAUAGUAUGACAUGAAAUCUCAUUAGUUACUGUGGAUUCUGUUGUAAUCACGUCAUAUUCUUGUUACGUUGUUACGGUCGAUGUGCCAUGUCGAUAGAUAUUGGGACUACCUUACGAAUUCCUAUGCAUUGAUGUACUCGGGU